AUGCGUUCCGUCGCUCGUCAAUAUGUUUACUGGCCAAACAUCGACGACGAGGUAGCGAAGCUUGUCGCUUCGUGCAACGAGUGUGCCAGCGUAGCCAAGACAGACCGGAAGACUACCAUGGAAUCAUGGCCCGCACCGGAGAAACCGUGGCAACGGUUACAUCUGGAUUACGCCGGUCCGCUGGAUAGGAACUAUUUUCUCAUUCUGGUGGAUUCGUUCACCAAAUGGCCAGAAGUCGUACGAACCAAGGAGAUCACCACCACAGCAACCUUGCGAAUCCUUCGUGGCAUCUUCGCAAGAUACGGUCAGCCGGAAACAUUGGUCACAGAUAAUGGGACACAACUCACCAGCGACCGGUUCGAAUCAUACUGCGACACGAACGGUAUCGUUCACCUGAAGACAGCGCCAUUCCAUCCACAGUCAAAUGGACUAGCAGAGAGGUUUGUCGACACGUUUAAACGGUCGCUCAAGAAAAUCACCGCAGGGGGGGAAACCCUCGACGAAGCCAUCGAUACCUUCCUUCUGUGCUACAGAACAACACCCUGUCGCAGCGCACCUGGUGGGAAAUCUCCCGCUAACCUGAUGUAUGGACGCCCGAUCCGUACGUCUCUGGAAUUACUUCGCCCGCCUAAGCCGCUCUACAAGUUACCUAGUACUAAACAGGAAAAGCAAUUCAACCGGAAGCACGGCGCGAAAGCUCGAAGUUACGAUUCACAAGAUCUCGUCUGGGCUAAGGUCUACUCAGCCAACAAGUGGACCUGGCAGCCUGGCAUGGUGAUCGAGCGCAUCGGUCGGGUUAUGUAUAACAUCUGGCUGCCUGUGAAGCAAAAUCUCAUUCGAUCCCACUGCAACCAACUGCGGACUCGUCACGAAUCUGAAAUAAACGCAGAAGCUGAGACGACACCGGAAACUGCCCAAGUACCGUUGUCUAUUCUCCUGGACAGUUGA